CCUCCGCGCAUGUCAAACAACACGUGCAUCGGCUGCGGGUUUUGGCACCGACUGCUGUGUCCGUCUGCGAACUGCUAAUUUUGUUGAUAAUUACAUUUACCUAAACUUGUGUGGAGGGUCACUUAUCAUUUGUAAAUGGGAGGUCUUCAGAAGAAAAAGUUUGAGAGGGGCUCUGCCACCAACUACAUCACCAGAAACAAAGCUCGCAAGAAGUUGCAGCUGAGCCUCGCGGACUUCAGGCGACUGUGCAUCCUUAAAGGCAUCUACCCUCAUGAGCCCAAGCACAAGAAGAAGGUGAACAAGGGCUCUACCGCCCCGAGGACCUUCUACCUGCUCAAAGACAUCCGCUUUCUGCUGCACGAGCCAAUCGUUGGCAAGUUCAGAGACUACAAGAUAUUUGUACGCAAACUUAAGAAGGCUUACGGAAAAACAGAAUGGUCUGCUGUGGAGAGACUGAAGGAGAACAAGCCGACCUACAAAUUGGACCACAUCAUCAAAGAAAGGUACCCCUCCUUCAUCGAUGCUCUCCGUGAUAUCGACGAUGCCCUCUGUAUGUGCUUCCUCUUCUCCACCUUCGCCCGAACAGGAAAAUGCCAUGUUCAGACGAUCCAGCUGUGCAGACGCCUCACUGUGGAGUGGAUGAACUAUGUGAUCGCAUCUCGUUCUCUCAGAAAGGUUUUCAUCUCCAUCAAGGGAAUAUAUUACCAAGCUGAGGUGAUGGGACAGCUCAUUACAUGGCUGGUGCCAUAUCAGUUCUCCCAUGAUCACCCAACAGAUGUCGACUACAGAGUAAUGGCAACUUUCACAGAGAUGUACACCACUCUUCUGGGGUUCAUAAACUUUAGGCUCUACCAUUCCCUCAACCUGCUCUACCCACCAAAGCUGGACGUUCAAGCAGAGUCGGGGCUGAAGGAAGAGAAUGAGGAGGACUAUGCCAUGGACUCAGAAAGCUAUUUAGAGAAACUGUCAGCUCUGAGUGCCAGUCUGGCACGUGUGGUUUCCACAGCAGAGGAGGAGGAGGCUCAGCUGGACCAGUUUCCCGUUGAAGGGGAGGACAUGGAAAACAUGGAGGCCAGGGAAAGGGAACAGAAACAACAAGAGGCUCAGAAAAAGCUUUUUGAGGGGCUCAAGUUCUUCCUCAACAGAGAGGUGCCCCGGGAGUCGCUGGCUUUUGUCAUCAGGUGUUUUGGCGGUCAGGUGGCCUGGGACAAGUCUGUGUGUAUCGGCAGCACGUAUGAGGUGACAGAUGAGACCAUAACGCAUCAAAUUGUUGACAGACCCAACAUAGACAAACAGUACAUCAACAGGUACUACAUCCAGCCCCAGUGGGUGUAUGAUUGUGUGAAUGCCAAAAUCCUUCUCCCUGUGGAGGACUACUUCCUUGGAGUGACUCUGCCCCCCCAUCUCUCUCCCUUCGUUGAGGAGAAGGACGGAGACUACGUGCCGCCCGAAAAACUAAAGAUCAUGGCCUUACAACGAGGAGAAAAGCCUGCCCAAGAAGAGGAGCAAGAGGAUGAGGAGGGUGAGGAUGAAGAGGGGGAAGAUGACGAAGAAGAAGAGGAGGAGGAAGAAGAUGAUGAUGAAGAGGCAGAGGAGAAGAAUCUGAAAGAGAUGGAAGAACAAAGAUCUCAGGGCAAGUCUCUGCCGGUCAAAGUGACGCCUGGGAAAGUGAAAGUAGAAAAUGCAGCACGCUUGGAGCAGGAGGAGAAGGCAGAGGAAAAGCGUCUGGCCAUCAUGAUGAUGAAGAAAAAGGAAAAGUACCUCUACGACAAGAUCAUGUUCGGAAAGAAGAGAAAAGUCAGAGAGGCGAACAAGCUGACUGCCAAGAGGAAGGCCCACGAUGAUGCUGAAAAAUUAAAGAAGAAAAAGGCCAAAAAAUGAUUCAACUAAUGAUGUAUUUGUCACACUGACUUUAUGUAUUUAAGGUAGAGUGUAUUACAGGUUGAUGUGUCAUGAAACCUGUAAGUGCAUUGGAGAGCUCUGUGAGUGAGUUACAUGCACCAUAGCGGUGCAUCAACCUCUGCAUAACUUCAAGCUGAAAUGCAGGAUGUGACGUAUGGUAAUUGUGUAAUUAUUGAUGUAAAAUUGACUGUUUGCCUUUGUUGUUUGUAUGAACUAUUCUACAUUACACAAAAUAUUUCAUCCAAUUAUUUUAAAGUCUGUACUUGAAACGGUAUUAUAAAGUAAAAACACAAAGUAUUAA